CUAGUCACUUUUUUUUCCUCCUAGCUACUCUAUUUAUCUCUCUCUUCUUUCUAUUUCUCUUUUUUCUUCGUAAUUUCUCUGCUCUUGCUUUUGGGUUUGUGUAAUUUCAUGUUUAGCAUAUAUAUAUAUACAUAUAUUUACACACAUAUAAUAAGACUUUGAAGAAGAUCCGGGGGUUAUUGAUCAGCAAUGGUGGAUACUCAGACAGUAUGCUGCAUGUGCGGUGAUGUGGGUUUCCCUGAGAAGCUUUUCCGCUGCAACAAAUGCCGCCACCGUUUCCAACACUCGUACUGCAGUAACUACUACAGCGAAUACGCUGAGGCGAUGGAAGUGUGCGAUUGGUGCCAAAGUGAAGGGAAAAGCACAAGAUAUGGUGGAACUUCGAAGAAAUCGACGGCGACGGGGGCCACGGCGGCCAAUGAAUCGGGAGUUUCGAGCAGGUCUGAGUACAGCGGGGAUAAGAUCAAGCAACACGACCGCGAUGAGAGCGCCGAGAAGGGAAAGAACACCAGUGGUGCUCCGUCCCCACGACCAACCACUCGAAGGUACAAGCUUCUCAAGGAUGUUAUGUGUUAAUUAAGAUCAUAGAAGCUGUGGCUAGAAUAUUAGUAAUCAAAAACUUUUUGUAUUAAUCAUAUAGGAGUCCCUUAAUUCUAUAUCAAUAAGUUUCAUACACCGUAUUAUAUUGUAUUAUAACAAUGAAUUAUAUUUUAUAACAUAUAUUUAUAAAUGUUUA